AUGAUCAAGAGGCAAUGUGUGACCUGCAGGAGAAAGGAGAAGAUCUGUCAUACUCAAGCCAUGGGGUCCCUGCCAUUGGAUAGACUGAGACCAUCACCGGCAUUCUCCUUCACUGCGGUCGACCUGUUCGGACCGUUCACAAUUAGGGAUACUGUAAAAAAGAGAACUCAUGGCAAGGCAUACGGUGUGAUUUUCACUUGCCUUACAUCCAGAGGAGUGUAUUUGGAUCUCGCGGAUAGUUACAGCACGGAUGGCUUCAUGAUGGUACUUCGUAGAUUUGUAUCUUUGCGUGGUUAUCCCAAGAAGCUCAGAUCCGAUUGUGGAACUCAACUUGUUGCUGCUAGCAAAGUACUUUCAGAGAUCGACCUUAACUGGCAGCAGAUUGAAUUGUUCGGCGUGAACCACGGACUGGAAUGGGAGUUCAACAAAUCCGCCGACUCGCCCUGGGAGAAUGGAUGCUGUGAAUCUCUUAUCAAGUCGGUGAAAAAAUGCCUCGCCUCCGCGAUUGGCGACAGUGUCAUGUCCUUCACCGAGCUUCAAACAGUUUUGUUUGAAGCAGCCAACUCUCUCAAUGAGCGUCCUAUUGGAAAGAAGAACAGCGAUCCCAAUGAAGGCUCAUACCUCUGCCCUAAUGAUCUGCUUCUUGGUCGUGCUUCCAUCAGAGUUCCACCAGGAACUUGGUCGACGAAGGAAAGCUUCAAAGUUCGGUGGAAAUUCGUCCAGCAAGUGGUGGAUGUUUUUUGGAAAAGGUGGAUCAGAGACUUCUUUCCUACGCUCAUUAUACGCCAGAAAUGGCACACAUCCAAGAGGAACUUACUCGUAGGUGACAUUGUUCUCGUGCAAGACAGCAAUGCAGUCAGAGGUCAGUGGAAACUUGCACAGGUGUGCGAGGCAACUCCCGGGAAAGACGGGAAAGUCAGGGAUGUCGAACUUCGGUACAAAUCCCAAGAUCCUGGAAAGGGGUACUGUGGUACUACGGACAGCAUCAUUCGCCGUUCUGUGCAUAGACUGGUACUUAUCCUUCCGGUUGAAGAACAAUCAUAA